AUGAUUUUACUUUUUAUAAUAAUAGGGAUAACAAAAUCAAAUGCUCCAGGAACGCUUAGCUGCCUCACUUUUUUAUCAGAGUUUUUAUGUGAAGAACCCGGGUAUUGUAUUUGGGAUGGAACGAAAUGUUUAGACUAUACUUAGAAUCAGGAUUGCUAUAGAAUUAACGAGAUUGGAGCAUGUCGAGAUAAUGGGAUCUAUUCCUCAGUAGGGGGAUCGAGUUUAUGCGAACCUUUGAGCAAAUUGGAAAAUGAAUACAAAAAUGUUUGCGGCAUAACAAAUAUCGUCGAUUACAAUUACGUAAGAUAUCCUAUAAUAACAACUGGAUUCUCUACUCAUUCGUUAUCAGGCUUAACAGUUGCCUAAUUGAAAAUAUCAGCACCUUAGUAGAAUUACAUAUACUAAGUGUUAAGUGUAAAUAUAUAGAUAGCUAAAAACCCAGAUUUAUAACUAAUUUUAGAUUUGUAUAAGACAUAUGAGGGAGAAUUAGUAAAGCCUUACAUUCAUUGUCCCUAUUAAAUUGAGAAGGCCCUGGUUCAGACAUUGCAAAAUUUAAGAGAUGAUACAACUUCACUUUCAUCUGGAGAUAAACAGGCUACGAUGAUGAAAUUUUGGAGUAUAGUGGAUGUCUAUCUCAAGAGAUUGCAGAUCCAUAAGAAGAACUAUUAAUCUUACAAUUAUUUUCUAAAUUUCCUAUAAUGCUCUUUUUCAAGGCUGUUUAUGACUUUAAAAGGACAAGGUCAUACGAUAACAAUCAGUUGGUCUAAAUAUAAGAAGAAUGGAUUGAUUUAAUUAAUAUCGUAUUCUCCAAAAAUGUUUGGUAUAACAACUGCCUUGAGCGAUGUUAUUUAUGUAAAUAUACUAGGGGAGGAUGCCAUGGCAUAUACAGAUAUUGAAAAUAUGAAGAUAUCCUAUAUAUAAGAGAGUGGUACAUUGACAAAUGUAGUGAGGAAAUUGAAGUUUAUAACUGAUAAAAUAUAGAUUCCUCACUAAGUUAUGACAUAUACCAUCAACUCUGCAGCAUGCGAUUCAACUGAGAGAGAAUGUGAAUUUAGUUUUCCCUCUCCUCUCACAAAUAGCACAUUCACUUUUUACGUGGAAUAAUGA